UGACCUUGAGCGCCCUGCGCAACAUUCUGUUUAACUGUGAAGCCAGCCGAGCAAGAUUAUUGUUCUGUCCAGGCAAAUCUCGAUUUAUCUCCCAUAUGUACGUAGUUUUUUUUAGAUAAAUAGUAGUGUAGAACAAACUCAGAAUCGUGGGGCGUAAAGAUGCCUCUGUUUGGUAAAAAAGAUUUUGGUAGAAAAUCCAAAAAAGAUGCUCGAGAUUCAGAGAAGCAACCGUCAAUUGAGGACAAAUAUACCGUGAAGGAUCUAUUGGGUACAGGAGCUUUUUCGGAAGUGCGUUUGAUAGAGAGUAAAGAGAAUGGUCAACUCUUCGCAUGCAAAAUUAUCGAUAAGAAGGCUCUUAAAGGCAAAGAAGAUUCCCUAGAGAAUGAAAUAAGAGUAUUAAAACGGUUUAGCGAACAAGCGAAAGGUGAGGGUGGAGAGAAAAAAAUGUUCUCCCAUCCUAAUAUCGUCCAGUUGCUAGAAACAUAUGAGGACAAAAAUAAGGUGUAUCUUGUAAUGGAACUAGUGACUGGAGGUGAAUUGUUCGAUCGCAUUGUAGAGAAAGGUUCUUAUACCGAAAAAGAUGCUUCAAAUCUUAUAAGACAGGUGCUGGAAGCAGUAGAUUACAUGCACUCACAAGGAGUAGUACACAGAGACUUGAAGCCUGAAAAUCUUCUGUAUUACAGUGCAGAUGAGGAUAGUAAAAUUAUGAUCAGUGAUUUUGGUUUAUCUAAGAUAGAAGAUUCGGGAAUUAUGGCUACUGCUUGUGGCACACCUGGUUAUGUUGCUCCUGAAGUACUGGCACAGAAGCCAUAUGGCAAAGCUGUAGAUGUGUGGAGUAUAGGUGUUAUAUCUUACAUUUUGCUUUGUGGAUAUCCUCCAUUUUAUGAUGAAAAUGAUGCCAAUUUAUUUGCCCAAAUAUUGAAGGGUGACUUUGAAUUUGAUUCACCAUACUGGGAUGAUAUUAGUGACUCUGCCAAAGAUUUCAUAAAGCAUUUGAUGUGUGUAGAUGUGGAAAAGAGGUAUACUUGCAAGCAAGCUUUGGGACAUCCCUGGAUUUCAGGAAACGCUGCCAGCAACAAGAAUAUCCAUGGAACAGUAUCUGAACAGCUCAAGAAAAAUUUUGCUAAAUCACGUUGGAAACAGGCAUACCAUGCUACAACAGUCAUCCGUCAAAUGCAGAAGAUGGCAUUAAAUAGCAGCAGCUCAAGUCGCAAUGCCAAUGCUCAGACUAAACAAUAGCUGUUUCACUCUGAUUACCGUCGCCAUCCACCAUUAUUAUGCCUGCUUAAUAAGGUACUUAAUAUUAUUGUAUUUCACACUUAAAUUAUGACCAAAACUGGUUUGCACCAGUUUGUUAUUGACACAAUAUUUGUGACACCUACUAUAUUGAUAGUUGGUGUCAUAGUAAUUGAAAUUCAUUGGUUAAACAGUCACUAGCAGACAGAGAUUUGUGUCAUCUCUGAAUAUAUUGCUGCAUAUAUUAUAUAUAAUUCAUGCUUAAUAUAUUUAUUCAGAAACAUUGCCUAUAAGUAUACAUUGAAUAAGCAUGUGUAAAUUCAAAAUCAACGAAAUGUUAUAAGACAGUAUGUCUAGUCAUUUAAUAUCAUUUCAACUUCUAAGUAUAAAAUAAAUUUUAAAAAUAUCAUUGAAUUCUAUGAUAAUACUAGAUGUAUUACAUAUAGGAAUGCGUUUCUGACAAAAUAUUAUUUAAAAAUAUCCUUUCUAUCACUAUUUUGAAUCUCAUACUUGACAUCUGGAUAAAUAUUAUUUUUAUUAAUGAAUUUACAGUAAAAUAUUUAUAUAUUAUCUUUCUUCAUUUCUAAUACAGAUGAAAGAUUAUUAUCAGUAAGUUUAAUAAGAUUUACAUGUGAUGUCUUAAAGGUCACCAUAUAUGAGAUGUAUUUUUUUAAUAUAUUUUAUAUAUGUGGGCAUAAUAUAGUUUAUUAUCUAUUAGUAUUUAUUUAUUUUUCUCAGUCUUUUAUAUAAUAACAGAACUCAACAGAAUAUCUUGGUGUUAGUGUUGCUGUAAGUCUUAAAAUAACUUCGCCAUCUAAGUAUCCUUGUGUGAAGCUCCUUUACACUUUUAUAUGGUUUUAUUAACCAUAGGUGACAUGACUCGUUUCCAUAUUAACAUGUAACUUGAACCCAUGGUUCUAGACUGAUUUUUGUCUAUCAUCUGUAAUAGGAUUUAUCUAACACUGUGUUAUAUUUUCUUCAUCUGUCUUGUUAUAGAACUGACUAAAACCUUUAUAUCUAAUCACUUUUGAAUUAUGAAAUAUAUACUUAGUUAGGUUAAAGAAAUCUUCUCUUUUAAAGAUAACUGACUAAUUCUUAGGUAUGGUGAUAAUCAUUAUAAUAAUAAUGUUAAUGUUAAGAUCUGUUGACAAAUUUCAUUAGAGAUAAAUUGAUGAGGUGAUGAUUAUUAAAAAAUCAUGGUUAGUUAUGUUUAAAAUAUAAUAAUCAAUAACAAAUAUAAAUAUGCAUUAAAAUGUUAACUCAUUACUACAGUAGAUUGAACUUUUAACCAAAUAUCUAAUGUGAUUCUGGUCGUCAAAUAAUUUAUAUAAUCUAAUCACAUAUAUAGCAUUCUAUUUAAACCUUCACAUACCAUGGUAGUUGUUUUAAUGUUGAUUGAUGACUAAGCAUAUAAAAUUAUAUUCCUAGUGUAAGUUUAAUGAUUCUAAAUCCUUCCUAUCUGGUUAUAUACAAAAUACCAAAUUAUACAUAGAUGAAAUAUUAGAGAUAAUUUGUAUAAAUGCACUGUUAGAUUCAUCAUAAUAAUCUGUAGUAUCUGCAACUAAAACUAACAAUAUAUAAAGCGCAUCUUAUAGUUUUCCGUUAUCAUUCAUUACACUGGCCUAAUGAUUGAUGAAAUUGUAUCCACAUGCCAGAAAUGCUAGAAGUGAAUAUAAAUUGCAGGUUUAUUAGUCACAAAGGUAAGAUAAGAGGUACUUGGUACUUUAUGAUGAUACUAUCUACCUGCAAGACUGAUAUAUUGUGACAGUUGUGAAAGUUUUAAUAUGUUAAAAAACUAGUCUCUCUUCUCAGGAAUAGAUGAAUCUCAUAUCAUCAGGCUUUUUUAAGAGUUACAAUUUUAACAAUUUUUACUAUGUAAUAAAUAUGAUAGUAAUGCUAUUCUUUAUAAAAUCUAUAUUUCAUAUUAAUGAAAAAUAAUAUAUAAUCAUAUCAAAAAUCGACAUUCCUUUUAUAAAAUAUUGGCGUAGUUUUGUAGCAAAUUUUAAUUUUUAUUAAACAUUCCUAAUUUCAGUAUUGUUUACAAAAUUUUUGUAAUUUCUAUUUCAAGAUUUCAUUAUUAUAUUCAUGUGAGUAAUCAGUCAUUUAUUUUUAACAUUUCUAUGCCAUCUUUAACUAUACUUUUAUGACAUCUAGAAUUUAAAAUUAUAAUUCUGUAUAUCUUGUGCCAUAUUACAGCACACUCAGCUCUAUACCACACAUUUUUUAAUGAAUACCUGUAGGUUUUAACCAUACAUUUACGAAACAAAACCGAAAAUUAAUCGGUACAAUCGGGGACAAUAGAAUUCAUAAAUCAAAUUAUGUUCUCUAAUAAUAUGGCUUUUGUUGUCAGACAUUCCAAUGUGCUUUUAUUUUUCGUACAAAUUUUGUAAAAAUAUAAUAUUCGUGAUAAUGAAAAGACAAAAUUGAACAUUUUUCAUAUACUUCCAGAUUAUAAUUUAUAAAUAAAUAUAUUGAAAAAAUAUACUGUAUAUUUUGUACAGGAAUGUCUGUUUUUUUUUUUAAUAUAUGGUUUUAACUUUGGUGUUUUAGUUUAGUUUAAUAAAAAUAAGCAUUGUAAUAGGAAAAAUUGGAAACUCCAGAAAAUUUCUAAUCUGAGAAAAUUUUCUUUCUAAUAGAGAUUUUCUGGAGCUUUAUUUUGCUAAAAUCAAAUUGCUUAUUUGCUCUUAUCGUGUGUAUUGUUAGUAAUUUUCUUUUGUUUUUUUUUUUAUAUUUUGGACAUAAAUAAUUUAAUUUUCGACAAAAAAUAUUCCGUUAUUGUCAAUUUAAGUACCUUUUUUAUAUUUCAAUUAUAAUAUCUGUACACUCGGAAUUGUCAAAAUUAUGUUGGCAGAAUUGAAAAAAUCCGCUUGCUUUCCUCUCUUUUUUUCAUGGGCAAAUUCGUUAUGGUCGAUUAUACAUAUUUUUAAAUACACAAUCUGAAUUUAACACAAGUGACUUAAAUGACAGAACAUUUAUUAAACAGCUCUACUAAUCACUGGAUUGAGCUGCUGACCCGAAGGUUCUAUCUACCGAUAGUAUCUCAUUAUUAUCCUCGGAUAAUACGUGAAGCAAUUGAAAUUAGGAAAAAUCCGAAAAAAAUCAAUAAGGAAGAUAGAUAUAGACUUUCAACAGCAUGGAAUCCAGUGAUAAGUACACAAAAAACACACGAUAAUUUGUUUAAACGCAGUGUAGAUACCGUGAGUGCGGUGUGUAGGGUGGCUCUAGAUAAUAACGGUAACAAAGUGAGGGUACCCGAAGAGACUGCGCGAGUUGCCAGGCGAAGACGCCGUUCACUUUAGCCCUGUCGUGAUCAUGACGUGGUGCAAUCCACGUCGGAACAUCGGUAAUAAAGAAGCAGGUACUAUUUACCUGUAAAAGCUAGUUAGUGCUGUAAAGCUAGUUGUAGUGCCGAGGUUGCGCGUACGUAUUUGCAUUAUAGCGCAACUCUGAUGGGUAUGGCCUCUUGUGUGGAUUUUUCAUUUAAACACGCUUGUGCUCCUUCUUAUCUACCUCCCUGGCAUCAGUGCCAAUUCUGGCAGCAUACCAACAUUUUUGACGUCCGUAGGUAUAUAGUUAUAAUAAUCGAGUAUAAAUAAGGGUUGUAUUCUAUUAAUAGGUUUGACAGGCGUGAUUUAUUUCUCAUUAUUAGUUUUGAUUUAUGCAUUGUCAUUUAGCAAUUUAAUGUUAAACUAUAUUUAUAAUUUAAUAAGCGUAACAUUCCAAUGGUAUACUGUUCAUGAUCAUUUUUAAACUUCAUAGUUUUAUUGGGUAUCAAUAAGUAAGGUAUUACUAAUUAUACACACACGUUGAAUUAGUUGACAUAUAUCAUAAUAAUAUAUUAAACAGUACUAUGUGAUUUGGAAAAGAUACAUAUUUGUUGGAAUAAAAAAUGUAUCUGCCGUCCAAGAAUUGAAAUUAGUGUUUUGUAAAAUAAUGCCUUCAGUUAAUUUUGUACUUAUUAAGUACAAAUAAAUAUUUUUUGCUUGUUUAUAAUGAAUUUAAAAUUCCUAAUAUUUCUUCAAACGGGAUUGAUGUACAAUAUUCAAAAUAAAUAUGGCAACUCUGUUGCACAUAUUAAUACAAGUAAGUCUUCCUUUGUCUUAUUUGAUGUUUGCUAUGACCCCAAACUGUUCCAUAAUUUAUUGUUGCCACUAACUAUAAUAAUGCACGUAAAUUUUUAAUUAACUAUUAUUCUUGUUCUUGAAUGUUUUAUUAUAAAUCCUAAAAUAUAUUAUUAAAUUAACGUUGAUGGCGCUACUGGUUAAUCAUUUUAAACAAUUUAUCUCUUUAGAUAAUCCUAAAUUAUUUAUUUAUAUUUACAAUUCCAAUAUUGAUUGAAAAAUUUAUUUAUUACUGUGACUACUACACAUAUAUCAACAAUAUGAAAAAUAAAAUUUCCUUUAAAUAUAAAAAAUAAUAUAUAAAUAUACACAUGAAUGUAAAAAUAAGGCUUUCAAGUUGCAUACUUGUAUUAAAUAGUGCUUGAUUGUUAUAAAGCAGUGCAUUGCUUGAAUUUUAAAUAAUUUAAGUGUAGUAAUAUUCACUAAAUAAUCUUCUAAAUGCGCCUUAAUAAUCUGUGUAACUUAAUAGUUUUUGUGUGGUCCUUGUAAUGUUACUUUAGUUAUAAGAUCACUCUGUUAUAUUGACAACUAGUUUCUAAUAUUGUAUAACUUAGAAAUUCUUGUAUUUGUGCUUCGUUAAGUCUUAAGUGCCAUUCUUUUAAUUAAUUAUAAAUUAAUGUUUCUUUUUUUUUUAAUCGUAUGUAAACUACAUACAGUAGAGGUUUUUUGUCGAUGCCUUUGUAUAAGUAGUGCUCCGAGAGAGUAGGGUUGAGUUGUAGUCUAAAUUAAAUGGCAAAUUAGCGGUUAAAUUACGCACAAUUUUUUAUAAUAUUAAUGUAAUAGCGCCACUAAUUUAAAUAUAAGUUUCUUUCUGCUCUUUAUUAUUUUGUUGGAACGAUUUCGGUUUUUGCACAAACAUAUCUUUCGAAAAUGUAUAAAAUAGUUUUAAAUAUAUUAUAUAGACAUGUUAUUGUGGAUCUUGCCGUAUUUUUCCUGUUAAGCGUAAUAUUACUUUAAAUAAUAUUAAAGUUGCUCUCUCUUUUCUUGUUGACGCUAAGACCUAACGAGAGAAGUUAUUAAAAUACAUAUACUCGUAAAUGUUCAAGCUAAUGAAUAUAUAUGGUGAAGCAGGAACUUGGAGAAAUAAUGAAUAAUCAUUUCAUACUUACAAUUGUGUUGAAGAUGCAUUACCACCAAAUAUAAAACUUGUAUUAUAUAUACAAGUAUAAAAAAUGUUUUUUUUCCUUUGUGUAAAUGUCACGAUAAACUGUUUCCAUUAAAAUAUAUGUCAUAUACAUAUUUUUGCGAUAUGUAUGUAUAUAUUGGUGGAAACGGAGGGUAUUCCAAUUAUAAUAAUAUUAAAAUUACUUCUUUCGUUGGUCAGUCUAGUUCAGUUUGUUCACUGUGCCAAAUUCAUAUUACAAGCAGUGAUGAAUGUUUGUAUAAUUGAUAUAUUUUUAAAUUAUGACAUUUACCACAACAAUGAAAUAACAGUGCUAAGUAAGAUGUUCAAGUUCCUUGUAACUUAAAUCUACACUUAUUUUCUUUCAGUAAUGUAUGUCAUAUAUUUAAUAUACAUAAGCAUAACAUAAAACAUAUUUGCUAUUUUUCGAAUGUUAUUAAGUCUAUGUUUAAAAUAGCAUACACAUUUUAUUUUUUAAUUAAGCACAAUAGUGUGUAAGAGUAUAUAAAUUCGACAAGUUUUAAAUUUUAUCAAAUAAUUAAUAUCAAAAAUAAUUUUUGUUUGCUAAAAAGUCAUUUGGACGUGUUUGUGAAGUUACUUUUGCAUUUGGACAUUCUUACUUGACAAAAUUCUUUUGUGAAAAAUGCGUGACUGGUGAUCAAGAUCUGUUUACUGUUGAAUUACUAAUCUUGUGAUUUAGAUUUUAUACUUCUUGUUCAAAACAAUUAAAAUUUAUUAGUAGAUUAUUAGAUGUUAGCUAUAUUUUCAAUGUCAUUGUAAAUAAAAUGCCAACUUGUUGAAA